AUGCCAAAGGUAAGCGAUUCCUUCGAUCGUAUGUCUCCUGUGCUGUCCAUGCUGACCGCCACCAGGGUCUCUAAACGAUUCCAUGCGCUCGCCGGCGAUUCGGAAUUAUGGAAACGACGAUACUUUGCGCAAUGGGUGUUGCCUCGAGCACGCGCUGUCCCACAAUCGAAACAUUUGAAACUGUCAUCCACCGGAACAGCCUAUUCACCGCGAGUAUCGAAAUGGCUCGGUCACAGCCAUCUUGCGGAGGACAACAAUUCCAUUCACUGGAAAACGCAAUACCGGCUCCGUCACAACUGGUCUAAAGGUACAUGCCGACUAGAUGAAUUAGAAGUAUCGCGUCCGCCGCUACCUCAAAUAUUGAUCAAAUUAUAUUCGGGUGUCGUCAUCACUGCGGAUAGGGAACAUGGCUUACGAGCUUGGUCUACGAAGAAGCCCAAGAAACAGUUAACGGAACUGCCGUUUCCGACCGGAAACGAUAUUCCAACUGCUCUUUACGUGGCCAAGGGCUCCCCGGCUUCGUUUAUUGAGGUUACUGUUGGUUUUGACGACGGUCAUUUCAGUGUCUACGAGCUAGACGUGAUCCGUGGAGAAUUUGCGAUACGUUUUUCACAAGAAUCCACAAGCGAUGCCACCAUCACUGCGAUAGCUUCGGCUCCUCCAUAUUUUCUUACAAUAUCAGAUCACAAAGUCUUCAAUCUAUACAAGAUACCAUCUCAUGUUACCCAAAAUGAAGAACCGGCACCGAACCAACUGCGUUUACUAGCGUCGUUGGAAUCGAACAAUACAUUUGCACCAAUGUCACUUUCACUCAGAUGCUCGGCUUCGGAAGUCAUAGCAUCAAUAGCAUACAGCUUCUUUCAUAUCAGUAAUGGCUGGACCAUUGGAAUACAAGAACUGCGAUUCAAUAAGGACGGUGAACAUAUUACCUCCCGCCUAGCCACCACGGUUGCAGUGCAGCCAAAAGCCGAUGAAAAUGGUCACGAUGACCCUUCGACAGACAGCAACAGCAAGCCCAACAAUAACUAUCACAGUCGUGGAUACACAAAUCUCUCUACUGCUGACAUACAACAUAAAGAGGCGCCGACAUCUCUAUCAUACUCCCACCCUUUCCUGCUUACCUCUCACAGCGACAACACCUUGACCAUGUAUCUCGUCUUUUCAUCCGCGGACAAGCUUGUGAUUCGGGAUAGUCGGCGUCUCUGGGGUCACACAUCAUCAGUGUCAAGUGUGCAAGUCGGCGACCGAGGCAAAGCCGUCUCCGUCAGUCCCCGGGGAAACGAAAUCCGAAUCUGGGAGCUUGAAAGCGCAGUAUCGUCUUCCUCGUCGCCUCUCAGCUCUCGCAGCCGGAGUAUACGAGGCGAGUCAAGCGUUCGGAUUAAUUAUGAAAAGCCGUUGUCCGCGCCAAGAUUUUCACUGGGUACAACUUCCGGGGCCAAGGAUUGGAGUCGCCAUGUUUCUUACCAGAGAGAUCUGGACGCGCUUCCAGAGGAACCGGAUGGUUGGGUCGGAUUUGACGACGAGCAGGUUGUUGUCUUGCGCCAAAGAGGACUGAGAGCACAGUUUUUGGAAUGUUAUGAUUUUACGUAG